UGCGGUCCCACUUCUGGCGGACGGACGGAGCGAGUCGUCGGGAUUAAUGGGAGAACUCGCAGAGUUUGCCGUCGCCGACCAGUUUAACACCGUCUCCAUGACUUCUGCGAGUGAGUCUGGUCCGGUUUGACCCGGGAGAGUCCGAAACAGCACGGAGACAUUUGAGAGAAAAGUAUGGGGGUUUUGUUCUGACAGCUGCUCCGCUGCCAGACUGACAAACAUCAGUGAGCAGGAGCUGAGCUGUCACCAUGCAUUCAGCUGCCAGAUGACUGACCAGCCCUGCAGCCGCGCAUCCUGACUGUCUGCCUCCAUUUGUGUGUCUGAAUGUCCACCAUGACUUGGAGGAGACUUGACUGGUGGAUCCCCUGUUGACACCCCCCGUGCCCAGAUAUCCGCCCCAACUCCCCCCUUUCCUGUCAGCUUUGGUGUACCCUUUUUCUGUGGAGCCCCCCUCCCCUUUUAAGCCGUCACCAUGGCUAGCCUGGUGCUCAAUGAGACCGGAAUGGAGGACUGCGGCAUUGACGACUCCUUCAAGUACAACUUGUACUCAGUGGUUUACAGCGUGGUCUUUGUCUUGGGCCUGAUCACCAACUGUGCUGCCCUCUUUGUGUUCUGCUUCCGGAUGAAAAUGCGCAACGAGACCACGAUGUUUAUGACUAACUUAGCGUUAUCAGAUUUAGUAUUUGUUUUUACGCUGCCAUUCAAGGUCUUCUACAAUGUUAACCGCCACUGGCCAUUUGGAGAUGGACUGUGUAAGGUAUCAGGAACAGCCUUCAUCACCAACAUCUACGGCAGCAUGCUCUUCCUCACCUGCAUCAGCGUAGACCGCUUCCUGGCUAUAGUCUACCCUUUCCGCUCCCGCUCCAUCCGCACGCGCAGGAACGCGGCGCUGGUGUGUGCUGCUGUUUGGGUGACCAUUGUAGGUGGAGGAAUAUCAGUGACCUUCUUCUCCACCAUUAACAACAAAAACAGAGCCACCACAUGCUUUGAGGGCUUCUCCAAAAGCACCUGGAGGACUUACCUGUCCAAAAUCACCAUCUUUAUCGAGGUUGUGGGCUUCCUUCUCCCCCUCCUGGCCAACCUGGUAUGUUCCUCACUUGUUCUGCGGACCCUGCGGCGUCCAAUGACUGUUGGCCAUGGCUGUAACAGCAAGAGACGUGUCCUAAGGAUGAUUUUAGUUCAUCUGGGCAUCUUCAUCAUCUGCUUCGUCCCCUAUAACUCUAUCCUCUUCUUGUACGCCCUGGUGCGGACCCAGGCCUUGGCUAACUGCGCUGUGGAGCGCUUCGCCCGAACUCUUUAUCCCAUCACUCUGUGCCUGGCCAGCCUCAACUGCUGUCUGGACCCCGUGGUCUACUACUUCACAUCAGAGAGCUUCCAGAAAAGCUUGACCAUGGGAGGCAAAGGGGUGGGCUCCCGGCCUGAGAGUAUCCCCCGCAGCGACACUGAGACCCAGGAUACAGGAAACACACUCCCCAGAGACACUCACACUCUGGCCAGCAAUGGGAAAGAGUCAAAAAUGUCUGAGAGGAGAACUGAUCACAGCACAUUUCGGUUAAGUUAUGCGUCUAGUGUCAUUGUGAGGCAGGAUAUGACUCUGAAUACGUCAGGAGCGUGGGAGAAGUCCCUGGCUAACUCCUCCUCCUCACAAUGUGAACACAACAUGACCAGCUGGGACCAGCGCAUGGACAAAAUGUACACCUACUUCUACCUGCUGCUCUUCAUCCCCGGGCUGCUGCUCAACACCACUGCUCUCUGGGUCCUCUGCAGACACAUAAGUAAGAAGACCAAGGCGGUGAUCUUCAUGAUAAACCUGGCAUUAGCAGACCUGGCCCACAUUCUCUCUCUGCCCCUCAGGAUUUAUUAUUACUUCACACACACCUGGCCCUUUGGACGAGGCGUCUGCUUGUUCUGUUUCUACCUCAAAUACCUCAACAUGUAUGCUGCCAUUGUGUUCUUGGUGUGUAUUAGUGUACAGAGGUGUGUAUUCUUGCUCGACCCGUUCUCCGCUCGCCGCUGGAGGCGUCGCUAUGACUUGUUCAUCAGUGUCAUAGUGUGGGUGGUGGUUGGUCUGGCUUGCUCUCCUUUCAUCCUGAUGCGGAGCAGCAGCAGCAGCUCCGCCAGUCCCAGCAUCAGUUCACAGACCACAGUCUACAACAUGAGCUAUUCACUGGAUGCCACUUCUACCCAGAAUCCUUUAAGUUACACCAAAUUUCACACGCCACUUUCGAGUAUGAGCCCCAGCAGACUCAGGCUGGUCUCAAGUCCCAGCUCUACCAGAGCUGGCUGUUUUAAAGACUUGCCCAUGCGUCGUCUGCCCCUCUCUCUGGCGGUCACCAUGAUGGCUCUGGCUGAGAUGUUUGGUUUCAUCAUUCCUUUAGCCUGCAUCAGUUUCAGCUCCAUCCGCAUCGCCCACUCCCUCAACCAAAAACAGAGCAAUGAUCAGCAAAACUCAACUGCACUCAACUCCUCAGCACGCAGCCGAAUCCAGUCAGUCACCUCCAACGGUAACACGGAUAAAUAUCAUGAAAAGCAGACAAAUGCAGAGAAGCGGCGCGCUCUCCGCAUGGUUCUGAGCUGCACAGCCCUUUUCUUGUUCUGCUUUGCCCCCUACCACCUCAACUUCCUGUUCUACCUGAUGGUGUCGCAGGACAUAGUGUCCCACUGUGCAACGAGGCUGGCCGUGCGUCAGUUCCACCCGGUGUCUCUGUGCCUGGCGAGCUUGAGCUGCUGCCUCAACCCUCUGCUUUAUUACUUUCUAAAUGCAGAGUUCAGAUUGCACCUCACCAGGCGCACCUCCUCCUUCACCGCCUCGCUCCUCUCCUCCCCGAUCAGCUCGCCGACACGGCGUCCCACACAGCACAGACUGAUGAGCAUGGAGAGUAGCUGCUCGGACAGGGAGUAGCAUUAACCAAAAGCUGAUUUGUUUUUAUCCUCAGGGGAAUAACACAGCUAAACAUGACAGAUCUCUUGUGAACAGACUGACAAGAUCCAAUUUGGAUGAUAUGAUUUCACAUGUCACAGCUGUCAGGUGACAAACUGACCUAAAGAGCUUUGACCUCUGUGAAAAACCUCCCAGAGGACAUCGCUUUUGUACAAAUCUUCAAGCAGCUACUGAAACGAUAUGUGUGUUUCAUAAUGAGUGUGUGCACACUAAUAAAUGUGAAUAUCAUCACAGUGGCAUUGUGUAAAUAAGCUACAGCUUGUUGUUGAUCUUACUGUAAAAAUGCAACAACUCUAUAUAAGCUAUAUGAUAAAUGUCAGUGCUGUAUGUAAAUGCUCUGUAAAUAAAAUCGCUGUCUGUCUCA